AUGGGCAAGCGAGACCGCGCGGAUCGCGAUAAGAAAAAGUCUAAGAAACGGCACUAUGAUGAGGAGGACGCAGAGGACGAUGAAGCCCCUGGGAACGAGGCUCAGGAGGCAGUGCCUUCAGCGGCUGGGAAGCAGGUGGAUGAGUCGGGCACCAAAGUGGACGAAUACGGCGCCAAAGACUACCGGGUUCAGAUGCCGCUGAAGGGCGACCACGCGUCUCGGCCUCUCUGGGUGGCUCCUGAUGGUCACAUUUUUUUAGAAGCCUUUUCUCCUGUUUACAAAUAUGCUCAAGACUUCCUGGUGGCUAUUGCAGAGCCAGUGUGCCGGCCAACCCAUGUGCAUGAGUACAAGCUAACUGCCUACUCCCUGUAUGCAGCUGUCAGUGUUGGGCUGCAAACCAGUGACAUUACUGAGUACCUCAGGAAGCUUAGCAAGACCGGUGUGCCUGAUGGAAUCAUUCAGUUUAUUAAGUUGUGUACUGUCAGCUAUGGAAAAGUCAAGCUAGUCCUGAAACACAACAGGUACUUCGUUGAAAGCUCACACCCUGAUGUCAUCCAGCAUCUUCUCCAGGAUCCAGUAAUCCGAGAAUGCCGCUUGAGGAACUCUGAGGGGGAGGCUACUGAGCUCAUCACAGAGACAUUUAUGAGCAAAUCUGCUAUAUCUAAAACUUCUGAAGUGAGUGGUGGGCCGUCUACAUCCCGAGUGACAGAUCUGCAGAAUAAAUCUGACAUUCCUGCUGACCUCUUUGACUUUUAUGAUCAAAUGGAUAAAGAUGAAGAAGAUGAAGAGGAGACACAGACAGUAUCUUUUGAAGUUAAGCAGGAGAUGAUUGAAGAACUCCAGAAGCGUUGUAUCCACCUAGAGUACCCUCUCCUGGCAGAAUAUGACUUCCGGAAUGAUUCUGUUAACCCUGACAUCAACAUUGACCUGAAGCCCACAGCUGUUCUCAGGCCCUACCAAGAGAAGAGCUUGAGGAAGAUGUUCGGAAAUGGGCGUGCACGCUCUGGAGUCAUCGUCCUUCCUUGUGGUGCUGGGAAGUCUCUUGUUGGAGUGACAGCUGCAUGCACUGUUCGAAAACGUUGUCUGGUGCUGGGCAACUCAGCUGUAUCCGUGGAACAGUGGAAAGCCCAGUUCAAGAUGUGGUCCACCAUCGAUGACAGCCAGAUAUGUCGCUUCACCUCAGAUGCCAAGGACAAACCCAUAGGCUGCUCUAUUGCCAUCAGCACUUACUCCAUGUUGGGCCAUACCACCAAAAGGUCCUGGGAGGCUGAGCGUGUCAUGGAGUGGCUCAAAACUCAGGAGUGGGGCCUCAUGAUCCUUGAUGAAGUACACACUAUACCAGCCAGAAUGUUCCGGCGCGUACUGACUAUUGUGCAGGCCCACUGCAAACUGGGCUUGACGGCCACUCUUGUCCGGGAAGAUGACAAGAUUGUUGACUUGAAUUUUUUGAUUGGACCCAAACUCUAUGAAGCCAACUGGAUGGAGCUUCAGAACAAUGGCUAUAUUGCCAAGGUCCAGUGUGCUGAGGUCUGGUGUCCAAUGUCUCCUGAAUUUUAUCGGGAAUAUGUGGCAAUUAAAACCAAGAAACGAAUCUUGCUGUACACUAUGAACCCCAAUAAGUUCAGAGCUUGCCAGUUUCUAAUCAAGUUUCAUGAAAGGAGGAAUGACAAGAUUAUUGUGUUUGCUGACAACGUGUUUGCCCUGAAGGAGUAUGCAAUCCGGCUGAACAAGCCCUAUAUUUAUGGUCCUACAUCCCAGGGAGAAAGGAUGCAAAUUCUCCAGAAUUUUAAACACAAUCCCAAAAUCAACACCAUCUUCAUAUCCAAGGUAGGUGACACAUCAUUUGAUCUGCCAGAAGCAAAUGUUCUCAUUCAAAUCUCUUCUCAUGGUGGCUCCCGGCGGCAGGAGGCUCAGAGGUUAGGGCGAGUGCUCCGAGCCAAAAAAGGUAUGGUUGCAGAGGAGUACAAUGCCUUUUUCUACUCACUGGUGUCCCAAGAUACACAGGAAAUGGCUUACUCAACCAAGCGGCAGAGGUUCUUGGUAGAUCAAGGCUAUAGUUUUAAGGUGAUCACAAAGCUGACCGGCAUGGAAGAGGAAGAUUUGGCAUUUUCAACAAAAGAAGAGCAACAGCAGCUUUUACAGAAAGUCCUGGCAGCCACUGACCUGGAUGCUGAGGAAGAGGUGGUGGCAGGAGAGUUUGGCUCCAAAUCCAGUCAAGUAUCAAGGCGCUUUGGCACAAUGAGUUCCAUGUCUGGGGCUGAUGACACUGUGUACAUGGAGUACCACUCAGCACGAAACAAGACUUCAUCUAAACACGUGCACCCACUUUUCAAACGCUUUAGGAAAUGAUG